UUUUGCUCGGCUGUCUGCAGUGGAGGAAGCUAGAGCCGGAGAUCCGCAUCACACAGUACUGUACAUUUAAACGGGUUGCUACUGGCAUGUAAUAUAUGGAAUAAUUGACAGUAUGGCGUCAAAAGGCCACCCAGAAGCCCAGCACGCCCUGCCUGCACGAACAGCAUUAUUCCAACAGAAGGAUGGUAAAACAUACAGAAUUCCUGCUCUAAUCUACAUCAGUGAUGGUCAGACUUUCCUUGCCUUUGCUGAAGAGCGCAGCACUCCACGUGACAGUGAUGCAAAAGUGUUGGUCAUGAGGAGAGGAUCACUGCAAAAUGGGUCCCUUCAAUGGUCUCCUGCACAAACACUGUCUUCUGCUUCUUUGCCGGAUCAUCGCACCAUGAAUCCUUGUCCAGUCUAUGAGAGGAAAUCCAAAACUAUCUAUCUGUUCUUUGUCUGCAUAUUGGGCAAUACCACAGAGUAUCACCAGAUCGCUACAGGUAGAAACCAAGCACGGCUGUGUUACGUCACUAGUACAGACUAUGGCCAGAACUGGAGCAAGUUAACAGAUUUAACAAAUAGUGUUAUUGGAGAUGAGAUUUUCAACUGGGCUACUUUUGCAGUUGGACCAGGACAUGGGAUUCAGAUGAAAAGUGGAAGACUAAUCAUUCCAGCGUAUGUUUAUUACAUUCAUUAUAGGUGUUUUCCCUUUCAUUUUCCACUCAUAGUCAGGCCUCAUGCGUUAUCAUUCUAUAGUGAUGACUGUGGUGUCACCUGGCAGAUGGGAGGAAAAAUCCCAAUGAAGUCCUGCGAAUGUGAGAUGGCUGAGAUCAUAGACCACGCUGAUCAGAGUCAUUUGUACUGCAACGCCCGUAGUACAUGUGGCCACAGAGUGGAGGCUUUAAGUGAGAGCAGCGGGGCAGCUUUUGAUAGCCCUCAUGUUGCUCAGAAGCUCGUGGAGCCCCAUCGUGGCUGCCAGGGUAGCGUGUUGAGCUUCCCUAUGCCCGAGCGAUCGGAUGAAGAGGAGAAGAGCCCAAAUGAUUGCUUGACACAGUCUGAAACAAAAACUUGGUUACUCUAUUCCCAUCCAACUAAUAAAAAGAAAAGAAAGGAUCUUGGAGUUUACUUGAAUAAAUCACCCUUGAAAACGUCUGGUUGGGGCCGACCAUGGAUCAUCCAUCAGGGUCCCAGUGGAUAUUCAGAUUUGACACAGUGUGAGGAGCGAUUUGCCUGCCUCAUGGAGUGUGGAGAGAAAAGUGAGAUUGAGGAAAUAGCCUUUGUGGAAUUUAAACUCAGUGAUUUAAUGUGCACAUGAAAUUAUAAAAGUCCUGUUGGAUCUUUUAAAGGAAUAGUUCACCUCAAAAUGAAAAAGUAAAUGCUCAUAAUUUGCACUUUCUCAGGCCAUCUAAGAUGUACAUUACUUUGUUUUUUUUUAUUGGAACAGAUCUGAAAAUUUACUCACCAAUGGAUCCUCUGAAGUGUAAUGGGUGCCGUCCACAUGACUCCAGUCUAUCAAUUAACAUCUUCAGCAAAAAAGCUGUGUUUGUAAAAAACAAAUCCUGCAUUAAGAUGUUUCUUUAAACCAUUGAUUCAGUCUUUUUGACUGAAUCGGAAGGAAAAUUAGCACAAAAUAAGCACAGUUUACAAGCAAGAACAGUUCUAAAUAAACAUUUUAAUGUUUUAAUCAACUCUUUGGAUUCUUAUUCUGACGGCACCCAUUCACUGCAGAUGAUGCAUUGGUGAAAAAUGUAUGUAAUGCUACAUUUUAUCCAAAUCUGUUGCAAUGAAGAAACUAACUCAUCUACAUUUUGAGGGCGAGUUAAUUUUCCGCACUAUUUUAAUUUUAGGGUGAACUGUUCCUUUAACAUUUGCCUUGGAUUUGCAUUUUUCUGCUGGACAAAAUAUACCUGAGAAAAUAGCUGUAUUUUGAAUUCAGAUAAAUUUAUCUGAAAUGUACUCCCAGCAUCUCUUGAAAUCAUAAAACUGUUAUGAGAUAAAAAAUUAAGCAGCUAUUGUGAUAUUUUAAAUUAUGACUACUGAUACUGGCUUAACACGUAAUACAUGCUUUACCUUGUAUUUAUGUAUUUAUUGUAAGAAAAUGCCUAUUAUGUGCUUGUUGACCUUAAUAGUAUGACUGUAUGAUGGUCACUACUCAUUUGUAUGUGUAGUCAUUCAUAUGUCACAUUUUACAUUGAACUACACUUUUUUAUUUUAUUUAUUUAUUUAUUUUUAUGAUUUCACUGUAAAAAUGUAAAUAUUUCAAUAUUUUAAGGUAUUUCUCUAUAUUCUAUCGAUUCGGGGUGCAAAAGCCACUGUAGCAUGACAUUUGUUCAUGUACUAUCUUCAGCAUCUUUUUGUCAUUUUAUUACAGAUUCAUUCAAACAGUCUGGUUUAGAUCUAACAAAUUGUAAUGUUUGCAUUUAAAGUAGUUCAAGAGAGCUCUAAUGAUAUUGCACUGUUACAGACUGGUCAUUAAAAUGUAUGGUAUGAUUAAGUUUA